AUGGCGCCCGUCGAGAAGAAACGUAAGACGGCACCGACCAACGACUCAUUUGCUCGGUCCCGGAAUCCUCCAACUAAAGAGAAUGAGAGCCGGCCAGCAAAGAGACCAAGACAGGAGGAAGGGCAGAGAAAUGGCAGCGCACGUACGAAGAUAUCUCAAGUCCGCGAAGAGGAGGCAGCAUUUCCCAGAGGAGGCGCAAGUCUUUUGACUCCAUUGGAGCACAAACAAAUUCAGAUUGAGGCGACGCAAGAUGUGCUAUUCGAGCAGCAAGGGAAGUCGCGCCGGCCAGAUGCAGAUGGUGAAGACGUCGAUAUGGAUGGGCCAACAGCAAAGAAAGCAAAAUCUAAGGGAAAAGGCAAGAAAACCGGUAAAGAGCCUGGGCCUGAGGAGCCCAGCGUCAAGAUCGAAAGUUUGAGUUACAAGCGAAUAGUUCCCGGCUCCAUAAUCCUCGGCCAGGUCUGCCAGAUCACUGAUCACGAUAUUGCCCUCGCUCUGCCAAACAAUUUGACGGGAUAUGUGCCCAUUACGUCGAUCUCCGAUAAAAUCACAGAGAGGAUCGAGGAGAUUGCCGCGGCUGAAGAACUGGACGAUGACGAACAAAAUGCUCCUAAAGACAUCGAGCUUGCAAAACUCUUCUCAAUUGGCCAAUAUCUCCGAGCGUACGUUGUUUCUACCAGCGAUGAUGCGACUACUCCCUCUUCCGUCAAAACCAAGCGACAUAUCGAGCUAUCCCUCCGACCGCAACAAGCAAAUAAUGCCCUAAGCGCUCAAAAUAUUGUCCCCCACAGUAUGGUGAUGGCUUCUGUUGUGAGCGUGGAGGAUCACGGUCUAAUCAUGGAUAUUGGCAUAAACGACACCAAUGUCCGAGGUUUCAUGUCAUCGAAGGAAAUCCCCCACGGAGCUGAGAUAUCUAGUAUUGAGGAAGGCACUGUUUUCCUGUGCAUGGUAACUGGACUCAGCUCCAGCGGCAAAAUCAUCAAAUUAUCUGCCGACAUGCAGAAGGUAGCGAACCCUAAGAAGUUGAGCUAUCUUACUGAAGGACCUACCGUGGACGCCUUCCUUCCGGGAACUGCUGUUGAACUCCUGGUGGCAGAUAUUACCUCAAGAGGUAUUGCAGGGAAAGUCAUGGGCAUGGUUGAUGUGACAGCAGAUAUGGUGCAUUCUAGUGCUGGUCCUUCCGGCAAAGACUUGGAAAAGAAGUAUAAACUAGGUUCGAAAAUAAGAGCCAGAAUAAUAUGCACAUUUCCUGCAGCCGACCCUCCAAAGCUGGGUAUCUCGGUGCUAGAUCACGUCAUGGCGCUUACGCCCCAGCAGGCGCUAGAAGAUGGCAACAAAAAGCUACCUCUAGAUGUGUUACCAUUAUCUACAGUCGUAGAAAGUGUUACGGUUCGAAAGGUCGAAUCUGCGCUUGGGCUGUUUGUGGACGUUGGGGUCAAGGGGGUCCCAGGAUUUGUACACAUCUCGAGAGUAAAGGAUGGCAAGAUCGAGACGCUCUCAGAGACAUCUGGCCCCUAUAAAGUAGGCUCAGCUCACCGCGGCAGAGUUAUCGGCUACAACCCAAUUGAUGGAACAUACCUUCUAUCUCUGGAGUUGAGCAUUAUUGAACAGCCCUUCUUGCGUAUCGAAGACCUCACGAUCGGCGAGGUAGUUAAAGGGAAAGUCGAGAAGAUCAUUGUGAACGCAGGUGGCGUGGGUGGUCUACUGGUCAACCUUGCCGAAGGAAUUACUGGGCUGGUUCCAGAAAUCCACAUGGCAGAUGUUAAGUUACUGCAUCCUGAGAAGAAAUUCAAAGAGGGCAUGGCUGUGACUGCGCGUGUUCUGUCAACGGAUCCAAACAAACGGCAGAUACGACUCAGUCUUAAGAAGAGCUUGGUUAAUUCGGAAGCACCCCCCUUUCUCGCCUAUGAGGAUAUAGCCAUCGGUAUGCAGGGGCCUGGUACUAUCAUCAACAUUCUUCCCACUGGGGCUGUCGUUCAGUUUUAUGGCAUGGUGCGAGGAUUCUUGCCUGUGGCUGAAAUGAGCGAAGCAUACAUCCAGGAUCCGAGUCAGCAUUUCCGAGUUGGUCAAGUUGUCAACGUCCACGUAUUGAAGGUCGACCCUGAAGCAAAGAAACUGGUCGUAUCGUGCAAAGACCCUUCGGCAUUCGGGCUUGCUCAGCAAACAGCACUGAAACAACUAGAAGUUGGCCAAAUCGUUUCUGCCCUCGUCACAGAGAAAUCGGAUGAUGAUGUCUCUGUGGAGAUUGAGGGGACUGGCUUGCGUGCUGUGCUUUCGGCCGUGCAUCUCACCGAUGGCUCUUCAUCUAAGAAUGCUUCGGCAUUGAAGAAAAUACGUGUUGGUCAAACCUUGAAAGAUCUUGCGGUGCUUGAGAAGCUCGAAUCCAAACGUCUGAUCGUUCUAACUAACAAGCCAAGCCUUGUAAAGGAGGCGAAGGGUAACACUCUGUUACGAAGCUUCGAGGAUGUGAGAGAGAAUAAGGUUGUCCGUGGUUUCGUUAAGAAUGUGACUCUAACGGCAGUUUUCGUGCAAUUUGGUGGUGCUCUGGUAGGCUUACUUCCGAGGAGCAAAUUACCAGAGGAUAUCGCAUCUCUCCCGGACUUUGGGAUGAAGAAAUUCCAGCCCAUAGAAGUGAAGAUCAUCUCGAUGAAUCAUGAGAGGCGAACGUUUGUACUGUCUAUGGUUGACGGGAAACAAGGAUCACAGCUUUCUACUAGCGAUGCCACCGAAGAUACCCAGGAGGUGAUCAAUCCGGUCGAUGAUACUCUCUUCUCCAUUAAUGAUCUCGCCAUUGGGAGGUUAACAAAGGCCAGAGUUUCGUCUGUCAAACAAACCCAAAUCAACGUUCAACUUGCGGAUAACGUACAGGGCCGCAUAGAUGUCUCUCAAGUUUUUGAUUCAUGGGACCAGAUCACAGAUAAGAAGCAGCCGUUGAAGGGUUUCUCUUCAAAGCAAGUCAUUGAUGUCUGUGUCAUUGGGACGCACGAUGCCCGGAACCACCGUUUCCUACCGAUCACUCAUAGGGCUGGGAAAUCCUUGGUUUUCGAAUUGUCUGCCAAGCCGAGUGACCAGGACGACAAACUUCAAGAGCCACUUACUCUCGACAAGGUCAAAGUCGGCUCAUCUUGGAUUGCAUACGUCAACAAUAUGACAGAUGCCUGUGCAUGGGUAAAUCUUUCCCCAAAUGUUCGUGGGCGUAUCAAUGCCUUCGAUAUGUCAGAUGACGUCUCUGUAUUAAAGGACCUGGAAAAUAAUUUCCCUGUGGGAUCAGCUAUCAGAGUCCGAGUUGCCGAUGUCGACGUUUCCAAAAAUCGACUGGAUUUAACUGCCCGUUCCACCGAGGCAUCAGAGCGUCUAACGCUUCAAACACUAAGCAAGGGGAUGGUACUACCAGGAAAGGUGACCAAAAUCAAUGAAAGGCAAAUCAUCGUCCAUCUUAGUGACGAAGUUUGUGGCGUUGUCUAUCUCACGGAUAUGGCAGAUGACUUCGCUCAGGCUGACCCGACAAAAUACUCCAAGAAUGACAUUGUUCGAGCUUGUGUGAUCGGAGUAGACGUUCCAAAUAAAAGAGUCAGAUUGUCGACAAGACCUUCAAGGGUGCUGAAUUCUUCGCUCGCCGUUCAAGACCCAGAAUUAUCUUCAAUUACAGAUGUCAAGCUCAACGAUAUCGUCCGAGGAUUCGUCAAGGCUGUUACCGACAAGGGGUUGUUUGUAAAUCUUGGUGGAGAUCUUACAGGAUACGCAAGGGUAUCUGACCUUUCCGACUCCUACAUCAAAGACUGGAAGUCAGAGUUCCAAGUCGAUCAGCUAGUGAAGGGAAAGGUAACAACAAUCGACUCUCGUCAAAAUCAUAUUCAGAUAAGCCUGAAAUCCUCGGUUCUUGAUAAAGACUACGUUGCCCCUCUAAAAUUCGACGAUCUCGAAGUUGGCCAAAUUGUCACUGGCAAGAUCCGGAAAGUUGAAGACUUUGGGGUCUUUAUUGUUAUCGACAACUCCUCCAAUGUCAGUGGCUUAUGCCAUCAAAGCGAGAUGGCCGAAAAGCGCGUCAACAACGUCAAAAAGCUCUACGACGAAGGUGACUCCGUAAAAGCUGUGGUAUUGAAGCUUGACGCUGAAAGAAAGCGGAUCAGCUUUGGCCUAAAAGCAUCAUACUUCGAAGAUGGCGUGGACGAAUCAGAAGGCGAUGAUGAUGACAUGAGUGAUGGGCAAGGUGCCAAGCUCGUUGGCUCUGAUGAAGAAGACGAGGAGGAUGUAGACCAAUCAUCAGAUGAUGAGGCUGGAGGUAUCGACCUUGAAGAUGUUGAGAGCAUCGAUGAUGAGAAUGAACGAAAUUUCGAUGAACAACUUGAUGUCGUCAUGGCAGACGUCGAAGAAACCAGCGAUGUCCCUGCUCUUAACGCAGGUGGGUUUGAUUGGAGCGGCAACACUCUUGAUCGCGUUGAUGAUCUCUCCGAUGCUAGCUCAGACGCCGAAAAUGCGGAUGAGAAGCCUAAAAAGAAGAAGCGGAGGAAAGCCGAAAUCAAGAUUGACCGCACUGGUGAUCUUGACGCACAUGGCCCUCAGUCCGUGGGUGAUUUCGAACGCCUUCUCCUCGGGCAACCUGAUUCUUCAAACCUCUGGAUUGAGUAUAUGGCUUUCCAAAUGCAGGUUGGCGAACUCAGCAAGGCUAGAGAUGUCGCGGAACGUGCCAUAAAGACCAUAAACAUCCGCGAAGAGACUGAGAAGAUGAAUGUUUGGAUUGCGCUUCUCAAUCUGGAAAAUGCCUAUGGAAGUGACGAAACUGUCGAGGAGGUCUUCAAACGGGCUUGCCAGUAUAAUGAUCCCCAAGAGAUCCAUGAGAGGUUGGCAAGCAUUUAUAUCCAAUCUAACAAACAUGAGAAAGCCGAUCAGCUCUUCCAGACCAUCAUCAAAAAGUUCUCGCAGUCGCCAACAGUCUGGUACAAUUAUGCUCAUUUCCUACAAACCAGUCAAUCUGAUCCAGACCGCGCACGAGCUCUCCUCCCUCGAGCAACGCAGUCACUACCACCACAUACACAUCUCAACCUAACUCUUAAGUUCGCUGCCCUUGAAUUUCAUUCCGAGGCUGGAUCUCCUGAGCGCGGACGUACCAUGUUCGAAGGUCUGCUCUCAACUUUCCCCAAACGUCUAGACAUAUGGAAUCAGCUUCUAGACCUCGAGAUCCAGCAAGGCGAUAAGGAUAUAAUUCGCGGAGUGUUCGAGCGCGUGGUUAAAACCAAGGGUCUGAAGCCUAAAGGGGCUAAGGCUUGGUUCAAACGCUGGUCUGAGUGGGAGACAGAGAAUGGGGAUGCUAAGAGUCAAGAGAGAAUCAAGGCGAAGGCUGAGGAGUGGGUUAAAGCUGCUACACAGAAGAAAGCUAGCGGUGCUGGAGAUAACGAGUAG